CCUCUUGUGUAAACAAAGCGGUCUGUCCACUUCCGCCUCUCUGUGGUCUCUCCGUGGUCUCUCCGGUGUCCGCCGCCUCUCCGUGGAACAUGCAGCGUCUCCAGGUCCUCUCGGGACACCUCCGUCCUCCAGGCCAGUCCCCGGGGCUCUCCGCAGACUUCCCCGGCCUCAGGAGCUCUGUGUGCGGCGCCGCCACCUCCGACAGUCCCGAUGAUGUGGUCAUCGUCCACGGACUGAGGACCGCGAUCGGGAAAGCAAAGAGAGGGUCCUUCAAGGACACGACUCCAGACGAGCUCCUCAGCGCCGUGAUGAAGGCCGUCCUCUCAGACGUCCACCUGAGUCCAGACCGACUGGGGGACGUGUGUGUGGGGAACGUGCUGCAGCCUGGAGCUGGAGCUCUCAUGGCCCGAGUCGCCCACUUCCUCAGUGGUUUUCCGGAGCAUGUUCCUGUUUACACGGUGAACCGUCAGUGCUCGUCUGGUCUUCAGGCUCUGCUCAACAUCGCAGGGGCCGUCCGGAGUGGGACCGUGGACCUGGGUCUGGCCUGUGGAGUAGAGAGCAUGUCCCUCAGGUCCAUGUCCAACCCCGGAGACCUGAGCUCCAGAGUGUCAGACGUGGACCAAGCCCGAGACUGUCUCAUCCCCAUGGGAAUCACGUCUGAAAAUGUGGCUCAGGAGUUUGGAAUCUCACGAGAAAAACAGGACGAGUUCGCCCUCCGCUCCCACCAGAGAGCGGCCCGGGCCCAGAGCCGGGGGCUGUUUAAGGAGGAGAUCGUCCCGGUUCAGACCCAGGUCUUGGACGGGUCUGGAUCUGAGACUCGGGUCUUGGUCUCUGAGGACGAGGGGAUCCGGCCCAGCACCACCAUGGAGGGACUGUCCAGACUGAGACCGGCCUUCAGCCCUGAGGGGUCCACCACCGCGGGUAACAGUUCUCAGGUGAGUGACGGGGCGGCCGCUCUGCUCCUCGGGCGUCGCUCUUCGGUCGUGGCUCUGGGUCUCCCGGUGCUCGGGGUGCUCCGCUCCAGCGCCGUGGUGGGCGUCCCCCCUCACCUCAUGGGCAUCGGACCUGCCCAGGCCAUCCCCCUGGCUCUGGAGAGGGCAGGUUUGACGGUUGACGACAUCGAUGUUUUUGAGAUAAACGAGGCGUUUGCGAGUCAGGCGGUGUUCUGUGUGGAGAAACUGGGCAUCCCGCAGCACAAAGUGAAUCCAAACGGGGGCGCUAUAGCUCUGGGCCACCCUCUGGGCUGCACCGGAGCGCGGCAGGUCGUCACUCUGCUGCACGAGCUGCGCCGACGCAAAAGGAGGGCGUUUGGGGUCGUGUCCAUGUGCAUCGGGACCGGGAUGGGAGCCGCCGCCGUCUUUGAGUAUCCAGGGCCCUGAACCAGGACUGGACCAGGACUGGACUGGGACUGGACCAGGGGCCAUGAU